AAGGAUGUUUAGGUUUGAUCUCCCUGUUGAGCCUCGUCUCACCGAAUGAUUUACACAUCAGGGUGGUUGACUGUUUGUGUGUGAUGUUGGAUUUGACUCAAUUUACGUUAACACAAGUGUGACAAAGCUGAAACACAUACCUUUGUCUUUAUACCGUACUUGCAGAUAUUCAGUUAGUGAAUGCAUGGCAGUGAACUCCAAGGGAUUAAAAGUGCCUGUCAAAAUAGUCUUCUGAUCUAACAGAUGUAUCAAGUCUUGUCUGUGCGGCUAUGAAUUGUGACAAUACUACUAACAGCGACCUUAUUAAGACAGCGCAGAAAAGGAAUUUGGAACUUUUUCUUUCGACAGCAACUGAAUCACACGUACUGAAACCAGUUUCCUGCUUCACUGAAUCGCCUCGCGUGAGUAAACCUGGUAUAGUUCUCAAGGAAAUUUCCAUGCAGGUUCCUGUACACGCAGUGAAAAAGGAGACAGACAUUGGGGACUCGUCGUUGAUUGUCUUGAACAAAAUGUCCGAAAGCGUUGAAAACACUGUCGCAGCAGAAAGCGAAACAAGAACUUGUAACGACGACGUCGGGGCAAACGAUCUUCAGCAGGUGGCAGUAAAAAAUAAUUGUUCUUCUCUCGUCGCAGCAUCGUCAUGCCCCAGAAGAACCAAGGCCUCGUCGUAUCGACCCUGUCAGCCCAGGACCUGUGAGGCGUCAGGGUGUUCUACCAGCGUCUGUAUCGUGACGCCCGAGCCACGUCUUGGUGCCUGUUCCGGCAAAACGCGACGCGGAUGCGGAACGAAUAAUACGUUCUCAAGGUGCAGCAGGUCAGCUGGUGCCAGCAACUCUGCUAAUUCGGUAGCCAUAGGAACCUGCGUCAAGGUCAAGGCGAUUCAGGACAAGUAUCGCCCUGCUGGUCAAAGCGAAGUCCAGCACUUUACGGCUAUAGUCAUGUACGAGUCUGAUGACGGCCACUACAAGCUGGGCACCAGGAAGGGAAUCCUGGGAAGAAUGUUCUCGAGGGAUGAGCUCAUCUUCACGCCCAAGGUCGGGAUGACCUUGAAGGACGUACCAGAGAGAACUGUAUCAAUGCUAGAGGCCAGCACAAUGUCGUAUUAGAUCUUUAUGUGGACAUUGUUAUAUCAGAUCUUUA